CAAAAAGUAAAUAACCAAACCAUAAUCAAUGGCGUCUCAAUAAAGCCACCCAACUCCCAUUUUUUUCUACUCUUUCUCUAUACAAAUUGCCAAAGCACUCAAUUUCUCUUUUCCCUCACUCUCAAAGCAAUGUCUUUCCCUGUUUUCUUCUUCUUUACUUUACUUUUCUUGAACAAUCUACCCAAAUUACCCGCUCUUCCGGUUUUACCCGAACCCGACCCGGCUGAGGUACAUUCUCAAACAUUCUUACCUUCUCCUUCACCUCCGGCCACAAUUCCCGCUUUCCCGGAGCAGUCCAACGUCGCCGGUUGCCCUUUAGAUCUCCCUGAUGAACUCUACCACAACAUUAAGUCAUCCUGUGGGUCCAGAAGUAAUUCGGGUCAAGUACACCGGACCCGUUGUUGCCCCGUUCUAGCCGCGUGGCUCUACUCGGCUUACUCUGAAACCGCAUUACACAGAGCCGUUACGAAACUCCCGCAGUCGACGUCCGUUGAUAUGCCGGUGCUUCCAGAUGACUCGGAGACGUGUGUAGACUCACUUGAAAAGGCUUUGGGAAACAGAGGCAUUGAAUUGGUGAAGCCAAAUCAGACUUGUGAUGUAGUUUAUUGUUACUGUGGGAUUAGGCUGCAUCCGCUUAGCUGCCCAGAAGCAUUUUCUGUGAAUUCACAAGGGAGAUUGGUGGGUGAUAAAAGCGUGAAGAAAUUGGAAAGAGAUUGUUUGAGCAGUAAUGGGUAUUCUGGUCUUGCUGGUUGCUCCAAGUGUUUGCACACUCUUUAUCUGCUUAGUGAGGGCAGAGUCGAAAACAGGAGCAGGUCAGAGGAUAGGACUAGGAAAAUGCACAGCAGGGAUUGCCAAUUGAUGGGUCUAACUUGGCUUCUCAACAAAAACAGAUCAGGUUAUAUUCAUACAGUUUCUGCUGUUUUGAGGGCUCUAAUGUUAAGCAAAGGCAGUUCUGAUCCCCAAUCGUGCACGCUUAACAGCGAUGGCAUGCCAUUUGCAGUCGACUCCUCAGAGAUCAAUGAUCAGUCUUCUGCAGUUGUUAUUCAGGGAUCACUUUAUCCUUAUGUCCUACCUUUUCUUUUAGUAUACAUAAGCUCCAUUGCAUUGCUCUCCAGAUACUAGUUAAUCUCCAGCACUUGAUCCUUGUACUAAAACAUGUAGUCCUUGUUCAAAUGUCACGUAGGGUAAAUUCAUUCCUCUGUAUUUGUUGAUUUAGGUUAGUGAAAAUUGUAAUUUUGUUGUGUGUGUAACGACUGUUCAGCAAAUGAAUGAAGCUGUGGCUAUUCCUUGAUA